AAAUUAACCCAAUUUUAAAUCGAGAAACCGAAAUUUUCUAUUGGAAUCCAAAAGUUUCAAUUUGUAUGCAAAGAAAAGGAAAAGUUUUUACACCGUUCGAUUUUGCAUUCCCUUGAAUCCUUUUGAUAUCUGCGCUUUGGAGUUUGUUUCUCUUCGUAUCCUUUGAAUCCUAAAGGAACAAUCCUUUUUUGUGUCAGAGAACGUCCGUAAAGAUGACAGGGGACAACAAUGAGGCUAGGGUUUCUCCAAGCGACUCGGCUACAUCAAACGAUGCUUCUCGGACGAGGCAAAGGAGAAAGAGAAAGUGGGAUCAGCCAGCAGAGCAACUUGUUGCGGCUGGAGUUGCGUUUCCUCAGUUACUCUCUUUAGGCAACAAUACUUUGAAUGUUCCUGCUGUGAUGCCAUUGCUCCAAACGCUUAAUCAAUCUAAGAUCCAGGAUGAGUUGAUCAUAGCACGAGAAAUUGUUAUCAAUGAUGCUGAGGCUUCUCUUAGGCACAAGCUUACUAAACGCUCAACUCAAGAAGAAAUUCAGAGGUGUACUGAUGCUGUGGUGAUUACCAGGGGCAAGUAUCGUCCUGCAAAUGCACCUCCUGAUGGUGAAAAGCCGUUAUAUCUCCACAUAUCUGCUGCUGCUCAUUUAAAAGAGACUGCAGAACGUAUUCUAGCUGUUGAUCGUGCAGCAGCUAUGAUUGAGGAGAUGAUGAAACACAAAUCAAACUCACAAGUCAUGUCGGUUGGUUUGCCCACUGCCAAGAUGCACAGCACAUGCGUAUAUUUGGGUUUCGAAGCUGACCCGUCAUCUAACGUUGCUGCUCGUAUUCGUGGACCUAAUGAUCAGUAUAUAAAUCACAUUAUGAAUGAAACAGGAGCAACUGUUGUACUAAGAGGACGUGGUUCAGGAAGCCUUGAGAACCAACAUGGAGAAGACGCACAGCUACCGUUACAUCUAUUAUUGUCCAGCAGCAACCCGAAGAGCAUUGACAAUGCAAAACGUUUAGCUGAGAAUCUUAUGGAUACAAUCAGUGUAGAAUUCGGGGCAUCAAGGGUUACCUCAAGUAAGUUGUAUGGCGCAGUACCACCACCACAGCAACUGCUUUCUGGAGCUCCGGGUUCGGAAAAGGAGCGAAGGCCAAAUUUGAUUUCAACAUGUGGUUUGAUGACAUCGAUACCCAUCACAGCACCACCAAACGCUGUUAGUCCGUUUCCAGUUACUCCCUCGACAAGUCUUUAUCCUCAGUUUCCAAUAAUGCAACCUCUAGGAAUAUCAAAUGGUGGGCACUUGCAACCAAGUCCAGUGAGUUACUUACAGCCAAUGGCUGGGGGAACUAGCUAUAGUGGGUAUGCUGGUAUAUACCCUCAAGCCACACCACUACAACAAGUUGCUCAAGUCCUUAAGCAAUCAAUUUCUCCUGUUGUCUCUACUGUGCCCCCUACUAUGUUGACAGCUGCCUCCUUAUCGAACCCAAGUGAUAUUUUAAGUAAAGAAAAGGAAAGGCGCCCACCCCAAAAGCGAAAGUUUCAGGAACUACCAGCUGAUUGUAAGGUUCCAGCGAAACCAAAACAGCUGUUGGAGUUAGCAAUAUCAGGUGAAGUUGCUCCAAAGAAUGUAGUUGAUGAGCCAUCAGCAAAUAGAGUGCGGUCACCACCUUCACCAAGAUCCGUGAUGCCUCCUCCUCCACCAAAGACCUUAACACCACCGCCUUCGCAGACCGUGUCUCCUCUAUCAUCAAGAAGCAUGCUUCCUCCACCACCACCUUCGAAGACCGCGUCUCCUUUAUCAUCAAAAAGCAUGCUUCCUCCACCACCACGACUUACAUCAACAACUCAACCGUCAAGAUUACAGGAGGGCAAUCACAUCACUGUAAAGAAACCAAAUCCAGUUCCAGAUACGUUAAUAAAGCUGAUGGAAUAUGGAGAUGAUGAAGACGAUGAUGACGAUCCUGAUGAGACAUUGACCGUCGGAUCAUGAUAGUGUCUUUAGAAUCUUUUUAUCUGGCAACAAAAUGCCAAUUUAUGUUUGUAACACAGAAAUGUUGCUGUCUUGCUGAUUUGGAACUUCAUGCCUAAGGCUUUAUUAAGUUCAAAUCUUUAAGACUUAAUUACUUGUUUUACUUUUUGUUGUAGUACUCUUAUAAUUACUAAGACAUGAUGGGGAAGCCUUUCCCUUGGCCUUUAUACAAUAUUUACCUAUAA